CCUAUUUCCCACCCUCGGCUCAACAACGAACCAUGGGCAGCGGUAGGAGGAGCCGAGCGGGUGCGGUGGAGACAGGAGCCGCCCCCCUGCUUCCGGAGCCGCAGCUGUUCGUUGGUGAUGUUGGGCUGGUGGUGGUUGGCAGAUGAGAGAAAGAGACAGUAUCAUAGAGAGAUGUUAGCUGUUGCAGCCACCGCUGACAUCUCCAAGUUGGUCAGUUACCAUCAUCUUUUCUUUUCUUUUCUUCUACUCUUCUCUUCUCUUGUCUUGAGUCUAGCUCAAGGCAAUGCAGAAGAUAAGCGAGACGACGACGGCGCUUCAUUUGUCCGGUCUCUAGUUUCCUUUGACUUUUUGGUUUCAUAUGGAGUGGACAUUAAACCAAAUCAGUUGAGGUUGGCCUGGCGCUGCCUGCCUGGGAUAUGGAUCGAGAUUCCCACUGAUUCCACAGCUCUUUGACUGGUAGGAGUAGCUUGCUGUCUAAUCUCAGUCCGUCUAUUGGGCUGCCGAUACAACCAAAAGCGUUCGAUCCAUGAGCUAGCUCAUCCUCACAUACAUCUUCUUCUUCCUGUUCCGCCCCUGCAGAGCAGAGCAGAGCAGAGCAGCAGCAUGUCUCCCCCUCCUGGCUCCAAUGGUCAUCAUCAGCACAUGGAAUCCGGCGGCGAUGCGUCCUGGAAGCGCUUCACCUGGAAAGCCCCCGCAAUCGUCCUGGUCUUCGAAUUGCUGGAGAGCAUCGCCUUCUCCGGAGUGGCGCUGAACCUGGUGGUGUACCUGGGCACGGUGCUGCACGGGAGCACCGCCUUCAACGCCGCCCACGUCGACACCUGGAACGGCACCACCUUCAUCGUCCCCGUCAUCGGCGCCUUCCUCGCCGACAGUUACUGGGGCAAGUACAAGACCAUCUUGGCGUCCAUCGCCUUCUACCUCAUCGGCCUGGUGCUCCUGACCGUGUCUGCGGCGAUCCCAUCGCUGAGGCCUGCGACGGCGUGCCAGAUGGGGAUGUCGUGCCCGCCGGCCACCAAGACCCAAUUCUCCGUCUUCUUCGCGGCGCUGUACCUGACGUCCAUCGGCACGGGAGGCGUCAAGUCCGCCUUGCUGCCCUUCGGAGCCGAGCAGUACGACGACGACGACACCGACCACCCGGAGCGGAAGCAGUCCUUCUUCAGCUGGUUCUUCGCCGCCAUCAACCUGGGCAUCUUCAUCGCCGGCACGCUCAUCUCCUGGCUGGAGCAGAACGUGGCCUGGGCUCUCGGCUUCGGGGUCGGCACCGGGUGCCUGCUCGUCGCCGCGGUGGCCUUCGUGGUGGGCACGCCCUGGUACAGGGUGCAGUUGCCGACAGGCAGCCCGCUGAAGGACAUCCUCAGGGUGCUCGUCGCCUCCUUGAGGAAGCGCAAUCUGAGGCUGCUACAGGACGACGGCGCUGCCGCUAGUGACAGUGUGGUGCUGCACGAAUUGGAUAAGUCUAGUAGUGGUGGACAGCAGCGGCUGGCGCGCACCAAGGGGCUGCGCUGCCUGGACAAGGCUGCCGUUGUCGUCGACGACGAUGGUAGGCAAGAGGAGGAGGGCGCUUGGUCUCUGUGCACGGUGACCGAGGUUGAGGGCGUGAAGAUCUUGGUUCGGAUGCUGCCCAUCUGGGCGACGUGCGUGCUGUACGCGGCGUCGCUGGGGCAGAUGACCACCACCUUCAUCCAGCAGGGGAUGGCCAUGGACACCAGGCUCGGGGGCAGAUUCAAGGUGCCCGUGGCGUCUCUGGUGUCUGUGGAGGUGGUUUUCAUGCUGCUGUGGGUGCUGCUGCACGACGCCGCCAUCAUCCCGGUGGCGAGGCGGGUGACGGGCCGGCCUGGCGGGCUGACGCAGCUGCAGCGCAUGGGCGUGGGGCGGUUCCUGGUGGUGCUGGCCCUGGCGACCGCGGCGCUGGUGGAGAGGAGGCGGCUCCGUGCCAUCCACCAGGGGAGCGGUGACGGUGAGACGCUGAGCAUCGUGUGGCAGGUGCCGCAGUUCGUGCUGGUGGCCGGGUCGGACGUGUUCUGCGGGAUCGCGCAGCUGGAGUUCUUCUACGGGGAGGCCCCCGCGGCGAUGCGCAGCAUCUGCUCGGCCUUCUCGUUCCUGGCGCUGUCGCUGGGGUUCUACGUGAACUCGCUGGUGGUGACGCUGGUGGCGGCCGUGACGGGGAGGCCCGGGUGGCUUGCGCCGGACCUCAACGAGGGGCACCUGGACUACUACUUCUGGCUGUGGACGGUCAUCAGCGUCGUCAGCCUGCUCCUGUACAUGGUGCUCGCCGCCCGGUACACGCCCAAGCAGGUCGCCGCCGUCGACUCGCAUCCGACUCCUCCUGCCUCCAGCUCGGAUGAAUGAAUCGACUCACAAGGCUUACAACCGGAGAGAGACAGAAUCGGAUCGAUAGGCAGCGAGUGAGUUGUUAUGUUUCCCCAUUAACAAUUCCGGUCACGUUGUACUCUGUUCCUAGUAUUAUUGUUAGUUUCAAUCAUCAA